GGCGGCGGCGGAGGCGAGGCGGAGCGCGGCGGGCCCCGUUCCUCCGCGGCGUGCGGCGGCAACCAUGAACUUUCUGCUCACUUGGAUCCACUGGGGGCUGGCGGCGCUGCUCUAUCUGCAGAGCGCGGAGUUGUCGAAGGCUGCUCCUGCCCUGGGGGAUGGGGAGCGGAAACCCAACGAAGUUAUCAAAUUCCUGGAAGUCUACGAGCGCAGUUUCUGCAGGACAAUUGAGACCCUGGUGGACAUUUUCCAGGAGUACCCUGAUGAGGUGGAGUACAUAUUCAAGCCAUCCUGCGUGCCUCUGAUGAGAUGUGCGGGUUGCUGCGGCGAUGAGGGCCUAGAAUGUGUCCCUGUGGAUGUGUACAACGUCACGAUGGAGAUCAUGAGAAUUAAACCCCAUCAGAGUCAGCACAUAGCGCACAUGAGCUUCUUACAGCACAGUAAAUGUGACUGCAGACCAAAGAAAGAUGUCAAAAAUAAACAAGAAAAGUGGGCACAGAAACCCAGAUCUGACGGUCCUUCCUUCAUACCCCAGACCUGGAGCUUGCAUGACCCACGACCAUGGCAGUCAUUCCUAAUGCUUUACCCCGAGUCAGGGAAGUCCCGUCGUGUGUGUCCUACCAGAAUGGAUUCAAGAAAAUCAAAGCGAGGAAAGGGGAAGGGUCAAAAGAGAAAGCGCAAGAAAGGCCGGUACAAACCACCCAGCUUUCACUGUGAGCCUUGCUCAGAGAGGAGAAAGCACUUGUUUGUACAAGAUCCCCAGACCUGUAAAUGUUCCUGCAAAUUCACAGACUCACGUUGCAAGUCGAGGCAGCUUGAGUUAAACGAGCGCACUUGCAGAUGUGAAAAACCGAGACGGUGAGCAGCGGAAAAGAAGGGGGAACAGCCCUGUUUCUGGAGCCUGAUUUCUCGCCUGGACAGAAAAAUACAAAACAAAACACUAAUCCAAAUGAACCCUAAAAAUGAAGGAUCGGUAGAGCACAGCACUUUCAGUACGGACGAUGGACUCCGGAAGGAACAUUCCCCAAGGCACCCGCCGCACAGAAUUCACCUUUGGGUUUUGAACUGUUUUAUUUUAUUUUUCUUUUCAUGCUGCUAAAUAACAGAGCCAGGAAGACUAUAGGGGUGUAUUUGAUGGGUUUUCCCAUGCAUACAUAUAUAUGUGUGUAUACAUGCAUAUACAUAUAUAUAUAUGUAUAUAUAUUUUAACCACAUCUAUAUAUACAUAUAUGUAUAUCUUAACCACACACACACACACACACACACAUAUAUAUAUAAUAUAUAUAUAUAUACUGAUUAUUUUUUUUAACAUUGCUAAUGUUAUUGGUGUCUUCACUGGAUAAUACUCGACUGCUGUGGACACAAGCGGGCUACUUGGGGCAUAAGAAACAAGCUAAGACUGGACUUGAGUAGAAGCGCUGGGUGUAAACUUCUUAACUCUAACUGACUUGUGCGGCCUCCGCUGUUUCUCUGUAGAGUGUGCUGUACCACAAACCACCUUCUCCUUGCCUGGGACAGGGAGGAGAGGUGAUGGAGAGGAUGGGCAGGGAGUUCCAAAGAGCGGCAUCCUAGGGUGCGAUGGGUCAAAGGCCAAGGAAACGGCCAUCUGCGUGAUCAAGGAUUCCUCCUCCCCUCUCUUCCCCCAACCUUCGCCCUUACUCGUCUCAUAACCUGCCUGCCUUGCUGGGACAUGGGAUGUCAGUGUACAUUUUGCGUUGACUUUAUUCGCUAUAGAAACUUCGACAGAGAGGCAAUGCUGGCUUCUCUUAAGGAUGGUGGGCAGCUGAUGCGCACUAACUUUCCAUUCAAGGAAGUAUCACAGGAGUCUAGAUUCCCCGCCCUUGGUGGCUGCAAAAGGACAUAAGGCCUACAGUGUGCUGAAGCAAGAAUGGGGACCGGUGCAUAGCCACACAAUUGUUCAGCACUGUCUGCUUUCUUCAUGCACAGAGCUGCCACUCAAGAGCAUCCAAGAUGCUUAUGGAACAUUUCUGGAAAGGGAUAUUAAUCAAAAGUAUAUACACAGUAGGGGUGUGUGUGUGUGUAUGUGAGCGUCAAGAUUUUUUUAAUGGUGUACUGUAAAUAUCAGGCCCCUUUUCCAGCUCUUGGGCUGGGGAAUCAAAUGUGAAGGCAGCCGGAAUCCCCAAGCCGUGUCUGAAAAUCUUGGCUAUGUGUGUAUCUGCAAUAUACGCUGUGGUGUAUGUGAAACCCACCUUACACACGCGCGCACACACACACCCCUGAAAGCGUGUUUGUACAUCUAUGUGGAUAUAUAUAAUCUAGUUCUGUGAUUAAAAUUAUUAAUAAUAAUAAUAAUAAUCAAAAAGGUACUCGGUCUGUGUCAGAAAUCUGCCAAACAUCAUCUGCAAUUGAAUUUUUCAACGCCUGAUAAUGUACAACACGGAAAGCUUCCAAAAAAGACAAGACGGUCUAAAAACAGACUCACAACAAGUGACUACUAACCACUAGGAACUCCCCAUCCGACUGAUGGCUUUCAGAAGGAGAAAAAAAACACACGGGUGGGUGCUUGCAUCUGCAAUGUAUAAUACUCAUGCUGCAUCGUGCGCAAGACAGAGGCUUCCGUUGGGGGGGGAGGGAAGAGAAAGUGUUUUAUAUACUUAUUUAAUAUCCCUUUUUAAAUUAGAAAUUAAACAGAUAAUUUAAUUAAAGAGUAGGGAUUUUUCAGUAUUCUUUGUUAAUAUUUAAUUUCAACUAUUUAUAAGCCGUACCUCUUUUUUUUUUUUAUUUGUACUGGUUGUGUAUAAAUUUAACCUUCCUGUUGUCCCAUCCCAUCUCUCCCCAAUUGUUGGCAGAGUCAGUAGCAUGUUAUGGGCAGUUAUUUAAUUAAUUUCUCUAACACCUACCCCUACACAUUCCUAUUGAGACAAGGGUUAGAUAUACAUCUACAUACUAUAUAUAUAUUUGGCUAUGUGUUUGUAUAUAUAUAUAUAUGUUUAUGUAUAUGUGUGAUUUGGAUUAAAUAGACGCUACGAUUUUUUUAUAUAUGUAAAAAGAAGAGACAGGAAAAAUAGAAAAUUCUACAUCUUGAAUCUCUCUCCUUUUUAAUUUUAAUAUUUGUUAUCAUUUUAUUUAUUGGUGCUACUGUUUAUCUGUAAUAAUUGCGGGGAAAAAAGAUAUUAACACUACAUAUUGUGUCUAGUGAAUUUUUUCAAGAUAUUCCUUAGUGCAUAUUUAUUUUUAAACAAAGAAAUUACAGAUAUAUCUUAAAAAAACGACGACGACGACGACAAACAAACUUUUUUUGUAUUAAAGAAUUUAAUUCUGACCUUGA